CUACAUUUAUGCAGUCUACGGCUCUUGGGUUACAUAAAAUCCACCUACUUCUUUCCGCCUGGCAACUAUCCCAACAGUCCUGUUCUCCACAAAACUUGAUACACUCGCGCGAGGAUUACCGCCUUGCAAGAUGAAUUCCAACCGGCUGGCUAGGCAAUCUGAGCCUACCUUCCACAGCGAAUCCUCGUCGAAGUAUUUCCUGCCAAACGAUGCUACUGAACGUCAUCGGCUCCGCAAGCAGCACGAAGCAAUUGUCGCCUUCAUGCACGAUGAACCUAUCCACGCCCCCCUGUCCGCGAAAUCAGACCCUACCAAAAUCUUUGAUCUGGGUUGUGGAGUCAAUGCAUCUAUGACACUUCUCCUGGCCAAAAGGUUUCCAAGUGCAACUGUCUAUGGCGUCGAUCUUUCCGACAUCGAUAUCGACAACAAGCCCGACAACGUCACAUUCAUCCAAGGCGACAUUCACAAGUUGAUCGCCAAUGACCCACGGUUGGCGCCAGGAUCAGCAGACUACAUUUACAGUAGAUUUAUGGCUGCUGGAGUCAACGACUGGUCGGAGCACGUGAAAAGUAUCUCGACUCUGCUAGCUCCAGGUGGAUUCCUCGAAUUGCACGAGAGCAUUCGCGCUACUUGGCGGGACAGCAAUGAUGUGGAGAUAUCUCGCGACUGGCAAUGGCUCCAGCUCAUGCACCCAGGGAUGUUUUGGCCGUCGAACGAUCCCACAGGCCUGGACUUCUUUCAAAGCCUAGCGCGCAACGCGGGUCUUGAGAAUGUCCAGGGUAAGGUGUACAAACUGAGCCCUUCCGACAAGCCUGAGGCGCAGCUCUGGUCUGCUUUUGCUAGAGACCUUUUCCCUACAAGCUGGGUUGCACCCAUCCAGCGUCUACUCCCGGGAGAAGAAAACCGAGCAAGGAGAAAAGAAUUACAAGAUGAGUUGUUCGAAACGCUAAAGCCAAGAGAAGGCGUGUAUUUUCCAUGCGUUGUCGUUUGGGGUCAGAGAGCGACAUCCAGCUAAACUACAUCUACAUACUGUUUAAGUAGGCAAACUAAACGCUUGACAAAAAUCACAUCUCAUGUGUACGUUUGUUACCCUCCUAUGUGCGGGACUCUACGGCGUAGACUGAUAUCUGUAAUAUCUCGCCGAUUAGGGAAGGGAGUUACUAGAUCGGAUGUGUUUGGUUUGGUCUGGUGUAGCGAAGCCUCGGCGACUGAUGCAGUACAGAUACAUAUCCAAGG